AUGUCUCGAGUUCCAGGAAAAUCCCUAGCGAGAUUCCGAUUAGUCUCAAAGCAAUUUAGGUCUCUCUUCUCUGAUCCUUGUUUCCUAAGUCUCCACCACAACCAUUCACGUGAUUCCCUUUUUACAAUCACGGCACUCGAGCAAAAAUAUACAACAGAAUCCGAUUUCUCGGUGGACUUUCCUGACCGGGGCGGGUCUCUGCACGCUAGACUUUAUUGGCCGUCGAAUCAGAACGUUGAGUUCUCACAACCAGCUCUUAUAUUCGCAAGUGAAACUGGUAUUCAUCUUUGCGACCCCGUGAACAAGGAGUUGAAGAGAUUACCCGACUCUACUUUGUCUACAUGGUGUUUCGACAUAUCUAACUACGAGUGUCUAGUCUCCUUUGGUUUUGUAGACGCCACGAAGCAGUACAAAGUCGUCAAGUGGCCUCAAGACUUGGAAGAGAACCGUACAAGAAGGUUGCUAAGUGGUCUCAUCACGACUUGGAUGAAAGUUGAUCUCAAGUUUGAGGUACUGAAUAUAGAUAUUGUGGAAGAUGGUCGCCUUAAAGUAUCCCGUUGGAGAAGGCUUCAUAGACCAUGUCCUUAUCUGCUGCAACUCUCUUCUCGGGUUCACGUCAAUGGAUUCAUCUACUGGACCAGUGAUUUUCAGAUCGUGUCUUUCUCUUUACAAGACGAGACUUUCUCAACCCUAAACCUUAAACCUCCUUGCUUCCGCCUUGACACACAAGGAUCACAAAAAUCUAGACUUUUUACGUUAUCUGGAAGCCGCGGAAACUUAUGGAUGAUAGAUUACCAAGUCCCAUCUCAAAUCAUGGAGAUCUGGAAGAUGGAAGAAUGUGCAUGGGCCAAGAUUCAUAAGAUCGACCUUAAAGGAAACCAUCCAUAUAAAAACGAUGGUAAAGUGGAGAUGCUAGAUAUUUGGUCAGACCAAGUUUUGUUCAAGUUAUCGUGGAUGCCGAUAUGUUAUGAGGCCAAGACAAACACCCUCUAG